UGCGAGAGUUGUGCGUAAGCCACUGAGCUCCGAGCGUCAAGCGUCAAGCGAAGUCAAUCGUCAGACGCGUCAGUCGAGUCGGAGUCGGAAGUCGGAGUCGGAUCAGUCGCCAGCUGGUGGCCGGCCCGAGCGGUCGUUUGCGCGCGCGUGCUCUCUCGCGAAACCUAACCCACGUAUGUACCUAUGUUGAAUCGAGCGAGGCGCCUCUCGAUCGCGCUUCCAAGGUGAGCGCGUGCGGCUCGCGGCAGAGCCGUAGAUGCUUCCUCGUCAUCGUCACCGUGAUUCUUUCGGUGGCGCGAAAUGCGCGCUAUUGAGAUUCGCUGAGACUGGUUCGACGCAACUUGGACGAAGGCGGGACGAGACGAGGCAGGAAGAUAACGCAGAAUGUCGUCGGUGUUCUCGAAGCUGAUCGACGACGCGUCCGCGCGCUACGGCGUGCAGCAGAAGACGCUGACGCGCGGCGUCGCCGGCACCGCCGCGGCGCUCUAUCUUCUCAAGCUCACCUAUCCGCACAUCCUCACCUGUUUCAAAUCGUCUAUGCGGAAGCGAGAUCAACGUCACGCCAAGUGCAACGAGAAUGGCUCGGGUACCGUUCUCCAAGCCAGCGACAGUCUUCCCGACAGCCCUGCCGGAAAUGGCAACGGAGGGAAGCAGAGAUCAUCGGUCGGAUUGGAUCGCGAUUUUCUUCGGCAGCUGAUCAUGCUGCUGAGGAUCAUGGUGCCGGGCUGGCGAAGCCGAGAAAUGGGUCUACUGGCGUGCGCGACGCUGACGUUGCUGGCUAGGACCUUCCUGUCGGUCUACGUGGCCGAACUCGAGGGUCAGAUCGUCAAGAGGAUAGUGUUGCGCGACGUGCGCGGCUUCGGCCUGAUGCUCGGACGAUGGUUCGCCAUCGCUCUGCCCGCUACCUUCGUCAAUUCCGCCAUCAGAUAUCUCGAAGGCCGAUUGGCACUUAGCUUUAGGGAACGUCUGGUAAAACAUGCUUACAAGAUGUACCUGAGUCAGCAGACUUACUUUAGAGUAUCAGCUUUAGAUACUAGACUUGGCGAUGCCGAGCAAAGGCUGACGGAUGACUUGUCCGAACUAGCCAGUUCCGUAGCUCACCUGUACUCUAGUUUAACCAAGCCACUGUUAGACUGUGCAUUAGUCGGUAUCGCGCUUAUCUCGUUUUCGCAUAAAAUGGGCGCGAAAACGAUACCAGGACCAUUAGUAGCGGUAGCAGUUAUUGGUUUAACUGGGCAAGUUUUGCGUUUCACUUCACCAAAGUUUGGUCAACUAGUUGCUGAAGAAGCAGCACGACGUGGCAAAUUAAGAGAAGCUCACGCUCGUAUCAGUGCUCAUGCAGAAGAGAUUGCAUUUUACGGAGGACACUAUACAGAACACCGUUACCUGAAUUCUGCUUACAAGUCUUUGGUGUCGCAUUUACAGCGCAUUCUCGCUGUCAAACUAUGGUAUGUGAUGUUGGAGCAGUUCCUCAUGAAAUACGUAUGGUCCGGUACCGGACUUUUCGUUAUUGCUGCACCAUUGCUCUACAAUACAGUCACGUCAUCAACAAGCAAGAUUAACGCGGAUGGCGAUGGUGGCGUAAGUGAACGAACGAGAUAUUUGACCACUUCGAAAAAUCUCUUGAGUUCUGGAGCGGAUGCUGUCGAACGACUGAUGUCGUCUUACAAAGAAUUAGUCGCAUUGGCGGGAUAUGCAGCACGCGUCAGCGAAAUGUUAGACGUGUUUAAAGACGCUGCACUUUGCAAAUAUAAGAGAAACGUUGUUAGCAGUAGCCCGUCGAAAUCCCUUUUAAAUGGCAACACUCAACAACUUGUAGACAAAAUAAUCCAAUUCGAUAAUGGCACUCCAAUAAUUAAAGGAAUUGUUCGCGAAAGCACGGACGGCAGUAUAAGCCUAAUCAAUGUUCCAAUAGUCACGCCUAAUUGUGAAGUUAUCGUGCCUAGCUUAACAGUUCAUAUAAAGCCAGGUGACCAUAUUCUGAUUACUGGACCCAAUGGCUGUGGCAAAAGUUCUCUCUUUCGCAUUAUCUCCGGUCUUUGGCCCGUCUAUGAUGGAACUCUUAUCAGACCAAAUGAAAGGAACUCUGAACACAGCAGACCUGCCCUAUUUUAUAUUCCACAAAAACCCUACAUGACUGUUGGUUGUCUUCGAGAUCAGAUUAUUUAUCCGGCGCACUCUAGUUCGGGAAAUUGUUCGGAUGAAGAGCUGCUACGGUUGUUAGAUGACGUGGAUUUACGCAGUAUUGUCGAAAGAGAACCGGAAGGUUUUGAUGCUCUUGGCGAUUGGGAUUCUACUCUAUCUGGUGGCGAGAAACAGCGGCUUGCGAUGACUCGACUCUUAUAUCACGCUCCACAAUAUGCUUUAUUAGACGAAUGUACGAGCGCCGUUAGCCUCGAAGCCGAAGGAAUUAUGUAUGAAACUGUAAAGAAGAAGGGAAUUACUUUGUUGACCAUUACUCAUCGAGUGGCAUCGCUUGCUAAAUAUCACAAAUUGUUGCUGAGAUUUGAUGGAGAAGGUGGAUGGACCUUUGGACCAUUGGAUAUAAAUGCUGCAUUAUCGAUAUCGCCAAAUAAGGAAAUAAAUGAAAAAGAAACGGAACGGGAAGAAGCAAAGACCAGCCAUUAUCAAAUGCUGCAUGAGUUGCGUGAUAUACAUCCUGAAAAUACCUACGUGGGAAUUAGUUGAAAACUAUAAUCUAUAGAAUUUUGUAUUAUAAACAAAAAAUAGGAGAUAUGUAUAUGGAUAUAGAAUAUGAAACGAAACAUGUAUUUUUUCAUGUGCGAAAUGUAUCUAUAUAUAUUAUAUAUGGUAAACUUUAUAAAUGGACUAUUGAUAUGAAUAUAAAA